UUAAUCUGUUUAUUCUCAUUAUUCAACUGAACAGGGGCCAGAAUCGAAUUUAUUUCUCGGCUACACGAAAGUUUUCGGUUUAUUAGCCAAAGCAAGUGCAUUACACCGCAUAAAAAACAAUUGCAUUGACAGAAAGCACGCCACCGAAGUAAAAGCUGAAAGCAUAUAAAGAAAAUUAAAACAAAAAAAACUAAUCGUGCAAACGAGAUGAGCGAUUCGCAAGUUAAUUUGGGAGAGUUCGCCGAGGCCGAACGCAUCUGUGGAUGGAUUUUGGACCUGUGCAACAAGGAGGAUCGCCCCGUGGCCAUGCUGGAGCUUUGCGAGCGUCGCAAAAAAAUCGGAACACUCGGUCCGAUGCUGUGGCAAUCGUUUGGUGCUGUGUCCGGCAUUUUGCAGGAGGUGAUUGACAUGUAUCCGGCAGUGUCGGCCAACAAUCUGGAUGACCAGCAGUCGCAGCGCAUUUUUGCUGCUCUUGGCCUCUUCUUGUCCAUGGCCAAGCAUCCGAGCACUGGAGUGGUGCUGAUGCGCACCCAGUUCCUGUACUUUCUGGUGCCGCUGCUGAAUCUGACCCAGAAAACGCGCCCCAUCGAACACUUGCGUCUCUCGGUGCUGAUCAUCAUCUGUGGUCUGCUGAAGAGGAACACAACGGAGAUCAUUUGUUACACAAUUGCCGCAGAGCUGAUCCCUCAGCUACUGCGCCAGCUGGAGCUCGGUUCGAGUAUGUGCAAAAUACUCUCUUCGUUCAUUCUAUACCGCAUCCUGGACAGUGCGGUGGGCCUGAAGUUUGCCACCCGUCGUCUGGCCCGUCGCACCCAUCUGAUCCACACUUUGGGCCGCGUCAUCCAUCAGCAGACGCUGGAGCCGGAUCCGCGUAUUCUGAAGCAUGUGCUGCAUAUCUACACGCGUCUGGCCGACAAUCCCCAAAGCCUCGAGAUGAUCCAGCUGCAUUUGCCGAUGCAGCUGCGCAACGGCUUCUUUUGCCUGGACAAUUUUCCCAUUUAUGACACCGUCAAGUCCGACCUGCAGGCGCUCAAUCAGAAGGUGGCCAUUAAUCCCAUUAACAUGCACAUAGAAGAAGCCUUUUAUUCAAUUAAUUGACGCACUCGGCCAGUUUAAACCUCGACAAGUUUACCUUUUUUUUUGUACUCAACCUUCAUGUAAUUUGUCUUGAGAAUAUACUCGUGUGUCCCGACACCCAAUCGUAUCAGGGGCCGGCCCUGGCAUCAGCA